AUGGUUUCUAUCUUCUGCGCUAUUUCCUUUAUAAAAAGCAUUUUUGUCGCAAGUUCAGAAAAAUAUUGUACCGAGUCUGCGGUCUACCGAACAGCAACUAAUGAAUUUGCUGAAUAUAAGUUUAAAGCAUUUUAUACAGAAGAAUCAUCGCUUAUUGAAGAAUUGACUGAAAAAACUAUCACUAUGAUAAUUGGUUGUUUUGCAUUCGAAGAUAAGUUAAAUGUUAUAGUUUCUCAAAGUGUAUCUUUGCAAAUUAAAAUAUUACAAAACGAACCUAACAUUUACGAUCUGCCAAUUGCACCUGCUUUCAGAAUUUUUUCUGCACCUGUUCAAGACCCUUCUGAACCACAUAGCGACAAUGCAAUCUUUCGUUUAAAAAAGGGAGUCUAUAAUACUGAAGCUACACAUCGUCGAACUGUUUUUUCUGUUGCUAGUGAACUAAUUUUUGUUGAGAAAUCUGUUUUUGUAUUAUGUGAAGCAAUAGAAUAG